AUGAGUUUGGAUACUGUCAUGAAAGUGUGUCCAGUAAGUUGUCCAAGAUCGUGUAAUGAAGCUGGGAGGUGUUGUCAUGAACAGUGUAUUGGAGGCUGCCGAGGGUCUACUGCCAGUGAUUGCACUGCUUGCCGUCAUUUCCUACAUCUAGGUGUAUGCGUGGGGCAGUGUCCCAAUAGAACAUUCCAGUUCAAGAAUCGUCAUUGCAUCACAGCAGAGCAGUGUCCAGCCAGUUGGAAGUUAUUCAACGAGAAAUGUACUCAGGAUUGUCCAGGUGGUUAUAUGCCAGACUUUAAUGACAGUAGACAUUGCCUACCUUGUACUGGAACAUGCCCUAAAGUAUGUGAUGGAAAGACUAUCCAAUCCGUGGAAGAUGCGGCUGCAAUGAAAGGAUGUACUUACGUGCAUGGAUCGCUAACUAUAAGCGUACAUGGCAGAGGUACAGUAGCCCCUUGGAUAGGAUGUAAAUUUUAGGUUGUUUCAUUGAGGGAGUGUUACAUAGUUUUCUUUCUCACUUUAUUCUCUUCUAUUUUUUUUCUCUUUCCCUCCUCCCCCCCCCCCGGUUAUUUUGCGUAUCUUAUCUUUCUUGACUUUUUCCUAUACUCUAUAGGCUUGUGACAAGUAAAAGAAUUACAUUAAUCCAUUGCAUUUUAUGUCUUGUUUCCCCCAUUCCUUUUGCAUUCUUUCAUUGUCACUGUUUUCCACAUAUCUACCUGUCUGUCUCUCCGUUUGUCUGUCUCUGUGUCUCUAUGUGUGUGUGUGUUUGGACCUGUCUCUCUGGUGUGUGUCUCUCUUACUCUGUCUUUUUGUUUCUGUUGACAGUGGUU